CCUUCUUCAACAUUGUGAGGAAUGCUCAUCUGUUCGACAAGAAAUUUUAUACGGUCCAACAAAGGACGAAGGAGCCUUGCAGGUUGGGAUAGACACCACCACGAGAAGGAUGAGUGAAAAUAAGUACGGAUGGUUCAAUGAUCACUAGGGGUUAAGGUGGCAGCGGAGGGCCGAUCAGAGACCACACAGGGAGAUGUCAUAAAGCAUUCUCCAUCAACCUUGGUACUUGCUCAAUCACUAGAGCGAAGCUGAAAGUUGUAGCGUUUAAUCGUUAAUACGAGCUAAGUGUCAUGAACCAGCUGAUCCCAAUAACUCGAGUUGUUGGGAGAGGUUCAAUCGUGGAUCAUAUACCACAACACUAACACGCCCUCUCAAACGAAAGCCACUCACAAGGGCUGGAAGUUUGCACAAGUCUGAAAACAAGAAUACCAUGUGCUUAACAAAUGAGGGCAACCGGGAAUCGAACACAAGACCUCUUGGUCACAGAAGGCUUUGAUAUCAUGUCAAGAACCAGUUGAUCCCAAUAGCUCAAGUUGUUAAGAGAGGUUCAAUCGUGGAUCAUAUACCACAACACUAACACUAAGACGUGUUUGUCUUCUAAAAAAAAUUAAUGGAUGAGUAUGAAUUUAUCCUCAUUCAACCGUGACUCAUGGAUUGGAGGCUUGUGCUGGGCAUCCCAUGCUUGCAGGAGUUCAAAUGUUCAAUAACCAUUCCUUUUCCCAACACCCAAUCAAUAGUCUGAUGACCCUUUGAAUUGUCACACUCUGCAAUGACACCAACAAGCCGAGAUUUGAUUAGACCUUCUCCCCACUCUCUCUCUCUUUAGUCUUCACUCAAUCUUCGCACUUCACACUUCACACUUCACACUUCACAUCCACUCAUUGACCGUUCAGUUCCCCCUCAAAAGUACUGUAGAAGAAGAAGAAGAAAAGCAGAGCAUUGCAGCCGGAAUCCCGAUCGUCGGCGACCCUUCCUCCUGCAUCUCAUGGCUUUCUUCAGAGUAAUGCUUCCACACGCAAUCCAAGAGAAGAAGCUGAAACUGCCUGUGAAAUUCGCCAGACUGCACGGCGGGAAGCUGGCGGAAAGGGCUCGACUUUCCUUGCCCAACGGUCGUAACUGGGACGUGGGCGUCGUCAAAGGACCCGAAGAGGACCAAUUUUGGUUCGACGAUGGCUGGUCCCUUUUCGUCGAACAGAACUCUGUUAAGGAGUACUGGUUCCUAGCAUUCGAGCAUACGGGGCCGUCCAGCUUCAAAGUUCAGAUCUUUGACCUCACCACCUGCGAAAUCGAUUACCCAUCUGGCGGAUUUGACAAUGACGUCGAAGAAGAAGACGACUCCUCUGUUCAAAUUCUGGAAUCGCCGCCUCCAAAUCCCUCACCCAAGCAAAAUCCCCAAUCCGACUCUGUUCAGCCACGCAAGAAGAUUAAGAACAGCAACAAUGCCAUUACUUCCCGUAACUUGAGCAAACCUUCUGAUUCCGAUGGCGACGAGGAGGAAGAGGCGGAAGAGGAGGAUGACGAAGCAGGGGAUGGAGAGUUGGGUGAAACGCUGGUGAAGGAACUGAAACGGAGGCGGAUCUUCGUUAACUCAAAGCUUUCCAAGAAACUACCCAAAUUGUCGAUUGAAAUCCAGAGGGCAGUGGAAGAAGCCAUUGCGAUGAAGCGUGGCAACGAACCGUCUUUCCUUGUAAUGAUACAGAGGCACAACAGGAAGCCGCAACCUCGGCUGAUUCCACCGCUUGCGUUUGUUAACGAGCACCAGCAGAUGGAGAAUGCUGAAUCUGUGAGGCUGAAGCUUGCGAGGGGAGGCAAUGACGCAAAGUGGGAUGUCGUCGUGAUCAGAUACUCUGCUAAAGGACCGUGCCUUUCCGGUAAAGGAUUUAGUAAGUUUUACAAAGAGAAUGAGCUCAAACUUGGGGAUGUUUGCUUGUUUGAGAUGUUAUCAUGUGAGGUCGAUGUUGUGUUCCAAGUUUCCAUCUCUAGAGUGCUAAAGAAAGGCUUCCCGUCUAUGGAGGAGGUGAUCUGCCUUGAUGAUUGAAGAUGAUGCCAUGGCCAAGUUUAGGGGUUCUUGUUCCAUUCUGCGUUUGUUUGAGUAGUAAGGUGGGGUGAGAUUGGGGAACUUUCGAAGGUGAUUAGUUGGAACUUUUGGGAUUUUAGUUAGUUUGUAACUUGUUGUAAGCAAGGCAAUGUGAUUAUCCAUUUUUAUUAACUAAAUUAUAAUAGACUAAAUUAUAAUAGAAUGAUAUGAUUAUCCUUUUUAUUAACUAAAUUACUUAUACAUAUGAUAUACCAAACACAUGAAUUCAUUUGACAACGAAUUUUGCAUGGCAAUUCAUUUAAUUCUAAAGAUUUGAAUAUGACCCACCAAACACAAUAUUUCAUUUGACAAUGAAUUCUACAUGGUAAUUCAUUUUACAAUGAAAUGAAGUCUCGAUUCAUUUGGUACCAAAUGGUCUGUUAGUUAUGAGAGAAUAUGGUCAAGUUGACCCGUUUGACAACACAAUAUUUAGAUGAAGCAUUUUUGUCCGAAAAAUUUCAAAUUGACUCGUUUUGAGAUAAUUACAAUUGUUUGGAAUAUAACAGACAAUUUGAA